UCUCUGAUCCUCCCCUUCUUCCAGUGCACCCCUUUUGUCUGAUAAGACAUAUUGAUGUGGAGAUACUAAACAUGCUCAGUUUGGUGUGUAGGUCUUUGAGGUUUGUUUUUUUUUGUGGAAGAGUGCAUGUGAUCAGCACAGGGCCAAUCAGCACUGCUCAGACAGAGGUCAGGGGUUCUACAAGCUUUAACUAGUGCUCUGCUGGACACUGAUAGAAGUCACAAGACAGCUCUAACUGCUGAUGUGAAAAGGUAUUUAGAAGUUUAUAUUUACUAAAAUAAUUGCAUUUCCGU